AUGGUGUGUAAGGAUAAUCAGCCAUUUACUAUUGUAGAGAACGAAGGCUUUCGCAAUUUCCUUAAAGCGAUUGAGCCGCGUUAUAAACUUCCCAAUAAAACAACACUCACUCGUUGGGUUGAUGACAAAUACGCCGCCCUAUCAGGAAUCAUCCGUGAAAAGUUGUCGGGCAUUGAAAAUCUGACUUUGACAACUGACAUGUGGUCAGAAUCGAUGUCCAUGAGGAGCUUUCUUGGAGUCACAGCUCAUUUCGGUGUUGGCAGUGAGUUGUUUUCUAUCACUCUGGGAGUAAGCCAAUCAAAUGAACGCCAUACAUCACAACACAUUGCUGAAAUGCUGCUGAACACUUGCGACGAAUGGAGUAUUGACAAAGACCAAAUUUCGGCUGUGGUGACGGACAAUGCACCAAAUAUGGUGAAAGCUGUAGAGCUAGCCUUUGGUAAAAAGCACAUACCUUGUUUUGCUCAUAUUUUAAACUUGGUUGCACAAAAUUCAAUAGAACAAUGCAAACCACUACGCGAGUUAAUAAGCAAAGUCAAAGAUGUUGUGACGUGGUUUAAACAGAGCAACAUAGCAAGCAACGAACUCCGUAAAUCAACCUCAGACGAAACUAAAUUAAUUCAACAGGUGCCUACUAGAUGGAAUAGCACAUAUUAUAUGAUUGAGCGAUUCAUCGAACUUCGUGAGAUUGUUAACAAUAUAAUCAUCAGACACAAAAAUGCACCAGCUAUGCUGCAUGCGUCAGAACUUGCACAUCUAAGUUCAGUUCUACAGGUACUACGUCCAAUAGAAGCUGCUACGAAGGAGGUCUCAGGUGAUAAGUAUUGCACUAGCAGCAAAGUAAUACCACUUAUUCAUUGCCUCGUUUUAAAAAUUAAGCCUCUGAGCUUCGACGACUCGAUUGCCAAAGAGCUACAGUCUCUGGUUCUUAAGGAGAUUCAGAAGAGAAUGGGUGUCAUCGAAAACGUAACUCCCCUCGCUAUAGCCACGGUAUUGGACCCCAGAUUCAAGAAAAUGCAUUUUACGGAUCCGCUUGCAUGCUCUGCUGCUGUAGGAAAAAUAAAAGAUCUCAUGAAAGCCGCAGCCCACAACACGACCAAAGAUUCGGAGUCAUCGGAACUUUCUGAUAAAAAUGAGGAUAACUAUUCAUUGUGGGAGGACCACCACAAGCUAGUCCAUAAAAGUUGGAAAUUGUCAAAGGCCGAUGACACUAUUUCUGAUGAGCUGGCCAUAUAUCUACGUUGCCCACCCACACUUUAG